UGAAUAGUAGUUGUUCGGGAUUCUAGCAUUUCUAUAACUUGUAUUUAAGAUGCACACAACAUUCUCCGGUAUCCCCGGUGCUGUUGUAUUUUUAUUUAUUUAUUUUGGAUAUUAAUAUAUCUCUGGAUUUUUCUGAUUAGAAAAAAUGCACACAACAUUGUCUAUUCUCCGGUAUACCUAUGAUCAGAGUGCCCUAAUAAUUCUCAACUAAAAUUUUCAGAUUUGAAAGAAAAAUAAAAUUGCAAAAAUUAACAUAAACCACGACACUUUGUGCAGUGCAGUGUAAUGCAUAUUUAUACAUUACUUAUUCUACUAAUCCUAAACACUGUCGCAUCGCGAACAGAAACAUACAUCAAAUUCCAUACAGUGUUUGUUAGUAUUUUCCUUGUUUUACCCUCAAAUCCAAUAAUUUGGCAAAACCCAAACAAACACACAGGCUUUUGCAGAUGAUUGGCGGUCUGAAAACUCAGAUUUCCCCUAACCUCUACGCCUCUAUAUUGAAAUCUUGCAUUUCUCGGAAAUCCAUCGGGCCGGGCAAGCAGCUGCACUCCAUCUUCAUCCUCAAUGGCUCUAUAUUCCACGACGUUAAUUUGGCGACAAAGCUCGUCAAUCUCUACUCCGUCUGCAACUCCAUGCCCUACGCCCGCUACCUGUUCGACAGAAUGCCCAAAUCGAACAUCUUCCUCUGGAACGUUCUGAUCCGCGGCUAUGCCUGGCACGGCCCCUACGAGGACGCGAUUUCGCUCUACAAUCGCCUGUCCGAUCACAAAUUGGUGCCCGACAACUUCACCUUCCCCUUCGUCCUCAAGGCGUGUUCUGCUCUCUCGGCGGCGAACGUCGGAAGGAAGAUCCACGCCCGUGUUCGCGACACGGGGUGGAACACGGACGUGUUCGUUGCCGCCGCGCUUAUUGACAUGUACGCCAAGUGUGGCUGCGUCGCCGACGCCCGCCAAGUGUUCGACGAAAUUACUGAAAGAGAUGUAGUCCUCUGGAAUUCCAUGCUCGCUGCAUAUGCUCAGAAUCGGCUGCCGGCGGAGUGUUUACGGCUCUGCGCCGAGAUGGCGGCAGCGGCGUCACCGGAGUUUCGGCCCACGGAAGGUACAAUAGUGACUGCAGUGUCCGCGUCGGCCGAUUCGAUGGCUGUCGGCCGAGGCCGCGAGCUUCACGGCUAUAGCUGGAGGCUCGGAUUCGGCUGCAACGACAAGGUCAAGACAGGACUGAUCGAUAUGUACGCCAAGAGCGGGAAUCUAACGGCGGCGAGGUUUCUUUUCGAUAGAUUAACCGCGAAGAGAUUAGUUGCAUGGAACGCGAUGAUCACGGGUUAUGCAAUGCACGGCCACGCGCACACCGCGCUCGAUUUGUUCAACCGAAUGGCGGGAGAGCUUCGGCCAGAUCACAUAACGUUCAUCGGAGUUCUCUCGGCUUGUAACCACGGCGGAUUAUUGGAACAAGGAUGGAACUACUUCGACUCGAUGGUUAAAGACUACGGCUUAGAACAGAGUGUCGAGCACUACACGUGCAUGGUCGAUCUCCUCGGGCGUUUCAACCGAUUAAAUGAAGCUUAUGAUAUGAUAAUCAACAUGCGAGCAACGCCCGACGCCGGCGUAUGGGGCGCGUUGCUCAACUCGUGCAAGAUCCACAAGAACGUCGAGCUAGGGGAAGCCGCAUUGGAGAGGCUCGUCGAGCUCGAACCCGGCGACGCUGGAAACUACAUAAUGUUAUCGAAUAUCUACGCGCAAUCUGGGAAGUGGGAAGGCGUGACGAGGCUCCGGAGAUCGAUGGCGGCGAGGGACGUAAAAAAAAGCGUCGGUUGUAGUUGGAUAGAGGUGAGGACCGAGAUUCACGCGUUUGUGUCCGGCGACACAACACAUUUAAUGUCGGAUGAGAUCUAUGCGGAGCUGCGUUCGUUGGGCGACUUGCUCGCGCGAGCCGGAUAUGUUCCGAACACGUCGCCCGUUUUUUACGAUGUCGAGAGCGAUGAGAAGACGGCGGCGGUGAGCAGCCAUAGCGAGCGGCUAGCUAUUGCGUUCGGGCUCGUCGCUACACCGCCGGGGACGAGGCUUUUGGUGACAAAGAACCUCCGAGUUUGUGAGGACUGCCAUACGGCGAUCAAACUCGUGUCGAGGAUUAAAGGGAGGGAGAUUGUCGUUAGGGAUGUUAAUAGGUAUCAUCAUUUUAAAAAUGGCGCGUGUUCUUGCUCCGAUUUUUGGUAAAAUAUAAAAAUCCACAUUGACGGCCUGAUUGAAGAGGGCUGAUUUGGGCCGGGCCCAUGGCCGAAAAGAGAGUUGUUGGGUGGUGUAGUUAAAAUGUUUGUUUGGAAGGUAUUUGGGCUUAAUCUAGCCCAAAUACAUGUUGGGUCUCUAUUUGCAAGGCCCAUAAGUGUUACUGGGCCAGCCUGGAUAAAAGUUGUUUGAAGCAAAUUAUUUCUCCUUUUUGGAGUGAAUUUCAUUUAGAGUGUGUGUGUGGUGGUAUAGAUAAUAAUUGCAUAGAAGUAAGAGAAAAAAAUUGUAAAGAAAAUGAGUAAUAAAGAAUGACAAUUAAUUUU